GGUCACUUCAGCGGAACACCGAGCGCAGGAUGGCCGAGACUCACGGCGAGAUCAGCGGCCACGUCUGCCGGCGACCGGCUCCGGUACAGACCUUUAACCACAGAUCCUCUAAGUGGGUCCGUUUGAACGUCGGUGGCACGUAUUUUCUGACCGCCAGACAGACGCUCUGCCGGGAUCCCAAAUCGUUCCUGUUCCGUCUGUGCCAAACGGAGCCAGACCUCGAUUCUGAUAAGGAUGAGUCCGGGGCGUAUUUGAUUGAUAGGGAUCCCAUGUAUUUCGGGCCUGUGCUGAAUUACCUGAGACAUGGGAAGCUGGUCCUCAACAAGAACCUGACGGAGGAGGGAGCUCUUGAAGAGGCCGAGUUUUACAACAUCACAUCAUUAAUAAAACUCAUCAAAGAAAAGAUCAGUGAAAGAGAAGCCAAGACGACACACUCGCCGGUCAAGCAUGUUUACAGAGUGUUACAGUGUCAAGAGGAAGAACUUACUCAGAUGGUCUCGACCAUGUCAGACGGAUGGAAGUUUGAGCAGCUUGUCAGUGUAGGUUAUGGGCGGGCCCAGAAGUCAGAGUUUUUCCUGAUUGUGUCUCGAGAGGUGAAGGGGGAGGAGUCAAGCCAAACUCACCCCGCCCACAGUGGAGAGUUGGUCAAUAUCGGAUCCUCCUAUAACUAUGGUAAUGAAGAUCAGGCGGAGUUCUUGUGUGUUGUUUCUAAGGAACUGCACAACCAAUCAUACAGCAGCUACACUCAACCCAGUGAGAAAGCCAAGAUUCUACAGGAACGUGGUUCUAGAAUAUGAUCAUCUAGAGCUCCCGCGUUUUGAGACAUAUCAGCUCUUUCUAGAACAUUCCAUGAGCUUGUUCUCUUCACGCCUCGAGAGCACUGGACACCUGACGCACGUGAAGAGCAUGUCCACUGCAAUCCAGUCUGUAUGGUGCUUGUUUGUUUUGAUCUUCAUGGAUUCAGAGACAGGAUCUGGAGAGCUGGACCAAUGUCAAUCUCAGGGAACAAAAGGAAAUGGACAG